GUGCACUGGGCCUCACGUUCCGGGCAGCCCUGGCGUUUGCACCCAGCAUCCAACUGUGGAUUCGCCCCACCUCAAACCUGUGGAGGUGGCAUCGACUUUUUCGCGGCGCGACGCUGUAGCGAACAGAGAGGCGCCUCACCACAGCAGCCCCCCCUGAAUCGCGAGCCCCAACCGCCCCUCCAAGCCGAUCAACGAGUCGAAGCAACUGAUUCGUGCAACGCCAGCAACCCCCGUCAAUUCCAUCAAGAAUGCAGACGUUUUGAGAGGAAUUGUAGCAGCGUGGGCGUCCCAUUCCUCCAGCCCACGGAUCGUCGAUAAUACACCGUCCUCGUGCCAGUUCGAUUUGGUUAACAAAGGUUGAGAUACCGACAUGACCGAGAGGGGGGCGCCCUUAGAUGCUGACAGCCAACUCGAUCGUCUUGGGGUUGAACGACACGUACUUUUGCUUGCGAGUAGAGUUGCGGAUGUCGACGAUGUCGCCGAGCUUGACCAAGUCGGCCGUAAAUUUGUGGCACAGCGCCUUGGCCUUGUCGUCCAACAUGACGUGGGAAAAGUCUUCGAGAACGGACGGCUGGGCAAACCCGGUGGCCGACAUGAUGAGCGCAAUGCGGACCGCACUCCCCGGGCGAUUCGCGGCCUCCCCUUCGACCCACGCCGACCCGCAGAACGCCGGGUCACUCACGUACUCGGCAAGCGUCCCCAAGUGGUUGUGCAUGCCAGUCACCCACACGAUGCACUGCGCGAGAACGUCUUUCAAAUUGUCCAGAGUCAGGGGCGGAAAGUCCCCCGGCAACUUGUCCAAGUAGUCCCAAAACUGCACAACCGACGGAUCGUUCUUCACGGCAGCAUCUCCGCCAUAGUACAAAUCGACGUAGGCACCGACAAAGUCGCGGACGACGUUCCAGUAGUCCAGACCGUCUUCGUGGUACGGCAGCUUGACCGUGUCGAUGUCUUGGCGCGCCAUUUGCUGGGGAAACGUGGUAAAGUUAAACUUGCCGAGGCCGUAGUCCCACGUUUGCUUCAUCCCGUUCUCUGUCAGCGCAAACCCGCGGUGGAGCAUGCCUUUGGGCCAGAAGAGAGCCCACGCGGCGGCGUAGUUGAUCACGACGGACCGAAACGUGAACGGCUUGAUGAGGCGGCGCAGCGGGUGGUCCACUGGCAGUUGUUCACGCGACGACGUUGUCAGGUAGUUGGCCACCAUCGAGUGGAUACCGAGCAAGUGGUCGACGGCGGUCACCUUGGUGUUGAGCGAGCUGCGGAAGCAAAACUUGACGUACUCCCACUCGACGUCGCCCGGAACGAACGUGCGACCGCCGCGCACGAUCUUGACGACUGUUCCGUCCUUUGAAAAGUACGCAUCGGCGCCGUACUUGGCGUAUCCUUGGCGGACUUCGAGGACCUGCAUGAAAUCGAGAAGGACGCCGUAAUACGAUCCAUCUGCGUGAGGCUCGUGGAGCUUCUCGACCAAAUGCUGGGCGAACCCGUUGAACACGAUGAGCUCGAGCGCUCGGUCCGAGUACCGAUCGUUCCAG